AUGGGCGGCUACAAGCACUUCAGACCAGCAGUCAAGUAUGUGUCUAGAAAAACAGCUGUGCAAAAAUUAAACGUGUCUGAAAAGCAGUUUGAUAAGCUAUCGGUCAUGCUUGGGAUAUAUCCGGUUGUUGCCGACAGUAAGAAUUGCUACGACAAAGUCGAUGGAUGGUAUUAUAGAAUAGAAGAUGUAAAAACGAUGUUUUACAGUGAAACUUAUGGGAUAUUGAACAGAAAUCUGAAAAAAGAAGCGAAAAGACAGAAGAUGCUGAAGUUUCAGCAGAUUGAAAGGGCCUCUAAGGUCAUAGAUGAAGAAUUUGAUUUGAUAGAUCUUGUAAAACAGAAGUAUGGGUCUCUCGGACAGUCGGUAGACGAUUUAGGAAACACUCUUAAAAAUUUGUACAUUAUCGACCUACUAUCCAUAGACUAUGUUAAAGAGGAGCUAGAGAGUUUUAGAAAAUUUAUUAUCGAACGGAAGCUGCUGAGUAAGGCGUUCAUGUCAAAGAAAGGCAUCUACUUUGGAUUUAACGUUGAGAAAAUAAUUGUGUGCUGGAUGGUUCCAUAUCCGGGAGCAAAUCUUGCUGAUUUUGUUGAAGAAAAAGUGGACUCUCCAGAUGCCAAGACUGUGUGUAAUUUUGAUUUUCUUGAUUUUGGGUCUCUCAGUGAAGAGGAAAGUGAGGCGGCCGAGAUCACACAUACUAAUAGUCCUGACAAGCUUGAUAUUUCAUUGCUCAAAUAUGCAUCACCACUCCUGAAAAUACACCUGAAGCUUUGUGUCCACAAGUUUGGUAUUCUCUAUCCAAAAGAAAACGGCAAAAAGGCAGGCAUCUUCAAGAACAUGAGGUUUUUUAUAGAUGUUAAGUCGAUCAGCGAGCAGAUAGCCUUUGUAAUUCUCUCUCUUGACGGUGAAGUCGCAAGCUAUGGCCAGGCCAAGUUUAUAAUUACCGAGACCGUUGAUGCCAUCGAUCCAGAAAACAUCUAUCUUCAGCCACAGUAUGUUUUUGACUGCUUGAAUCAAUCAAAGAUACUUCCAUACGAUUUGUACUUCGUCGGCAAAGAACUACCACCACACAUUUCACCGUUUCCAAAUGCUAUUGAUACCAUCGACAGUAGAGCACUCAAACUGCUUUCAAAUAAGAAAAAAUACUCAAUUUUGGACAGAGUCGAAGCCUUACAUUAA